UGGGUUUUCUAAGCUCAGGGGACACGGCUCCCUUGGUGUCCGAGGACUUGAUUGCUAGUUGGGUGUCGAGUGGAGGCUCUGAGGGGGCGCUUCAUCCCCUUCAUAGGUGUCCUCGAGCCUCCGCGGAGACUCCGGGUGAGAGAGAACUCAAGGUGGAAUAUUGAACCUACACAGCCCGGGACCUCCCCUUGAGCCUUUGCUUGCAGACGCGGGGCCUCAUAAUGUCCCAGAGCGGUGGCUCUCAACCCUUGAUGCAGCUCCAAGUCUGGUGAAGAAAAUGCUCAGAGCAGAAUGAGCCUGUUCCUGGAAUGCAUUCCUAGCUUGGGGGGAGGCAGCUUUUCACACAGGCUACCAUUGCCACCUUUGGUGAUGUCAUACUCCAAAGGAAGCUGGACGAAGAAGAAGAGGCUGCCUAUUUCUACACGGCAGGGACCACCAGAGGUGCUGUCCCCCACAGAGAAGGACUGGCCUAAAGAUGAUGAUGAGGAAGACUAUGUCCUCCAGGAUCCAGAUCAGGGCCUGGAUUCCCUGCCUCAGCCUUAUCGAAUGAUCAACAAGCUGGUGAACCUUCUGUUUGAUCGGUCGUGGGAACUUAUAGAAGAAAGGGUUGCACUGAGAGAAGCUGACAGCACCCGGAUCCAGCCCACUGUCUACACUCCAGUCACAGGAAUCCAGAUCAACCAAAGACCCAAUUGUAUGGCUAUGUCACAAGACUAUGUAUUCAUUGGAGGAGCCAAAGGAUUCUCAAUCUAUAACCUGUACAAUGCUGAAAGAAUAUACGUUUGGGAGAAACUUAAGGUUGAUGUCACUUCCAUCUGGGUCACAGAUUUAGGGAGUGAAAUACUUAUUUCUCCUGUGGAUGAACUGGGUAUCAUCAGACUGUUCUACUUGUAUAAGGACAGUCUGUUCCUAGUCAAAGCCAUCAACGAAGUGGAUGACACCAGCAAGCAGCCCACCUGUGUGAAGAUGGAGAUCUCUCAAGGCGGGGACUUCGCAGCCUUUCUGCUGCAAGGAGCUGGAGACGUGUGGCUGGAUGUGUUUAAAUUGCCCAGGGAGGCGUGGCUGAAGGAGGUGGAGCACCCACCACUCACUCUGAACCAGAAGAAAAAAGCCAGACAGCUGAGCUCUCUUGAUCCUACAACUCCAGACAAUGCAGACGUGGAUGUGAAUGUUUGUUUUAAAAGUGACUUUAAAUUGAGCCUUCCAUUUCACAUAAUGAAGAUCAAACCACCUAAACCAAUCACUGGAACCACAUUUAAAAGCCCCCUGGAAGUCUUUGCAAAAGUAGAAGACUGUUCCGGGCUGGGCUCCGGGCAGAACCACUUCAUCAGGGACAGCCAGUGGGAGCGGCACACGGAGCUCUUCCACGCCUCUUACAAGAAGCACCUGGACAGGGAGGCGGGGGAGGAGCCGCUCAGCACUGCCACAUUCCACUUCCUACUUCCUAGUUGCAUCACCCUGACAGCAGCCGAAGCCAGGAGCCCCUCAGGGAUGGCCUGUGUCCUGGGCACACACUGGACCGGAAGCCACAACUUCUUCCUCUAUUCGCUGAACCGAACUCUGAAGGACAAAGCCGACCCUGAGGGUGUGUGGCCCUGUGCUGCACCCAUCGUGGCCUCCCGGCUCUGCUGCUCCUCCUCCUACCUGGUGCUGGCCUGUGAGGAUGGGGCUCUUACACUGUGGGACAUGGCCAAAGGGUUCCCCCUAGGGGUUAUCGCCCUUCCUGAAGGGUGUUUCUGCCAAAGCAUUCACUUCCUGAAGUACUUCUUGGUCCACAAGGGACGGAACCUGUAUCCAGAGGGUGCGGUGAGAUCCCGAGUGAUGUGUGUGGUGCUGUGCACCGAUGCUUCCCUCCACCUGGUGACAGCCGGUGGCACACAGGGACCCACCAGCAGGGUGCUCGUGACCAGACCUGUGAAGCACCCGGAUGAAGCCAUCUGUGCAGUGGCCCCAGUCCCUGCCUUGCCUGGCAUGGUGCUGAUCUUCACCAGGAACGGCUCUGUGAACCUCAUGGACGUGGCCAAGGCUGAAGCCAUCUGUGCCUUCGCUCCCCCCAGAGCCCACCACCUGGCUGUCCCCUGGAAGCCACUGUUUGUUGUAUCUUUCCACCACCCUUGCUUCCUGCUCCAUGGUGACCAUCCAGAUGAAGAGGAACCCACCAGUGAUGCCAAGGACACCUGGAAUUCUGUUUUCUGUUUUAAUUUUGAGGCCUAUCCACUCCUGGAAAAUAUCUCCCAAAAUUGUACCAUUCCCCAAGAGGACUCAACAGAGAACAUGGCAUUGCCACUGGAGAAAAGAUGUGAGCUUGUGCUCCAGAAGAGCUUCCAGAAGCUGCAGAGACCCCAGGUGAUGAAGGACCACGAGUGGACCCGGCUUCGCAGGUACUCCGUGCUGCUCCAGAGAGAGAACUUCCAGAAGUGACGCCACAAGGCCGCCUGGGGACUCCGAAGAGGCUUCUGCCUGGGCAGCCGCUGCCAGAAUGGAGGACA